AUGAGUUUCCCGAAUUUCGAAGGCGGCGCGCAGCCUCAGCAGGGCGAAGAGCAGGGAGCAUUCGGUUCAGCACCAGGUGCGCCGCAGCAGCCACCGCAGAUGGACCCGAGUCAGCAGCAGCCUGGACAAUUCCCUGGCGCCGGCGCUGGGUCAGCGCAGGGCGCGGUCCCCGGUGUACCAGGCCCAGGAGCGCAACCAGGCGGCGAUCAGAAGACGACACUGUGGAUGGGAGAGCUCGAGCCAUGGAUCGACGAGAACUUCGUGCGCAGUGUGUGGUUCGGCAUGGGAUAUCAGGUCAACGUCAAGAUGAUCCGAGACAAGUUCUCCGGGUAGGUACAUGGUCAUGUGGGAUCGCAUGCGAGACAUCUUGCGCCAUCGGCAACAUUAGCUGACAUCUCGAACAGCAGUAAUGCCGGCUACUGCUUCGUCGACUUCGAGAACCCAGAAGCUGCUGGACGUGCCCUGCAGCUCACCGGCCAGAUGAUCCCCAAUUCCAACCGUCAAUUCAAGCUCAACUGGGCUUCCGGUGGUGGCCUCGCAGACCGUAGCCGUGAUGACCGCGGACCCGAGUAUUCCAUCUUCGUCGGCGACCUUGGCCCCGAAGUCAACGAAUACGUCCUCAUGUCACUCUUUCAGGGAAAGUACACGUCCUGCAAGUCGGCCAAGAUCAUGACCGAUCCGAUCAGCGGCAUGUCGCGUGGUUAUGGCUUCGUGCGCUUCGCGGAUGAGGGCGACCAGCAGAAGGCGCUGCACGAGAUGCAGGGCGUGUACUGCGGGAACCGACCAAUGCGCAUCUCCACCGCAACUCCUAAGAACAAGAGCGGUGGUGGCGGUCCUGGCGGAAUGCAGGGAGGUAUGCAGGGCAACCCGAACAUGGGUGUCUACUCGAUGGGCGCUCCUCCAAUGGGCUAUUACGGCACUCCUCAGCCCAUGAACCAGUUCACAGAUCCGAACAACACCACCGUCUUCGUUGGAGGUCUCUCUGGAUACGUCACCGAGGAUGAGCUGCGCUCCUUCUUCCAGGGAUUCGGCGAGAUCACCUACGUCAAGAUUCCUCCCGGCAAGGGAUGCGGUUUCGUGCAGUUCGUUCAACGCCAUGCCGCCGAGAUGGCCAUAAACCAGAUGCAAGGCUAUCCGAUCGGUAACUCGCGUGUCCGCCUGAGCUGGGGUCGUUCGCAGAACAACUCCGGGCCGGCCGGUACGCCCUAUCGUCCAGCGCCUCCUCCACCGGUGUAUCCGUCGAUGGGAGGGAUGCCUCCGCAACACCCCUACGGCACUUUUGCGCCUAUGAAGGUCAGUUUGGACCCAUGA